CAUCCAAAUCUUUAACCCAUGCUAGGGCCGCAUGGAGGUAAUAAUACGACGACACGAGCGAUCAUGUCACUAGACGAGCCCGACCGGCGCUUUGCCAUCGAUGAAGAAUACGCACAGGAGGAGGAGGCCCACGAAACGUCCCGCCUAGCCCCUGGGGCAGAGGGAGGGGGAGACGAGGGCGAGGAAGACUCGAAUAAAUAUCCGCCGUCGGCACCGCCACCGUCGUACCGCGAGGCGACGGGCACGUCUCGCUUCAAGAGCCUGCUUCAAUCGCUCCCCAUCGACUCUUUCCUCGAAGGCCUCAAGAGCUUCUCGAGACGGGCAUGGAUCAUCAUCUGUCGCUUCUGGCCCACCAGUCGCUUCGCCCAGGUUGGCGUGUUCCUCGUGGGCCUCUGGAUCCUCGUCAUUGUCAGCGGCCCAGCCUUUGACGAUGUCGCUGGUGCAGGGAGGCCGUUCGGCUAUGAGGGAAACGUCAAGAUGCUCGAUUCCGGUGGUCCGGAGCCUAUCUCCGGUGACGGCCACAUCGUCGACUUGGCCAAAUGGGAGGCGAAGCGGUGUCAAUUGUCAAAGGAGCAUAGGGGCCAUAUAGUCUGUCUCUCGACCGCUCGUUUUGAAUUGGACGUACCGACAGACUUCCACUCGUCCGACGGCCUCUUCGUCCUGGCAGACCCAUACCACAGAAAUGGCCUUUCGGACGGCCGGGGCAAGGUGCCAGGUACGGUCGAAGUGAGGCUGUCAGACGACGUCGACGCCUCAAAGGUGAGGGUCGAAGUCGAAGCAGAGUACGAAGAGACGGCCGAAGACCUCCUCGACCACGCGACGGUGGCAAAGAUGGGCGCCGGCCUGACGAGCCAAGGCGUGGGCAUCUACACUUUUCCACUGCUUCCCUUCUACCGACGGAGAGGCAUGCUGCCCCCGCUCGCGUUCCACAUCGUCGUCCAUGUCUCUCCCUCGGCCGUCAUUCCUACACUCCGAGUCAAGACGGGUGCCAUGAACCUGGCUGCCUUCACGGCUCCGCGGCCCGUCGAGCCGUACAUGGGCGCCUCCUUUGGCUUCUGGGGUCGAAAGAGGGAUGCGCAUGUAGAGCGGCAAGGGGCGAAGAAGGUGCCCACCUUUGGCCGCUUCCACCUGCAGACCGGAGAUGGUCACGUCGACAAGGCUGCCUCGACUGAUCUGGAGGCCGUCGGCAACGUCCGCCUGACGGCCAGCAACGGCGAGGUCGUCGUCGGUGGGCGCAUCUGGGCGCAGGAGGUGCACUUGGAGGCGCGAAAUGGCCUGGUGAGGCUGGAGGAAAAGGCCGUGGUCGACUGCUGGCACGACAUUUGGAUCGAGACGUCCAACGGCAAGAUUGAGCUCCUGCCAGGCUCUCGCGCGCUUGGGACGAGAAUGUACGUCAAGACGGGCAACGGACCGAUCCUGGGCCGAGAGGGCCUUCUCUCGACAAAUAAGUCCAUCGAGGCAGAGGCGGGCAACGGCCUGGUGGAGCUCGGCCUGGAGGUCAGGGCGGGUGCUCGCUUCGAGCAGUCGCCCGAGGAUCAGGUCUUUGUCAGUGCAAAGACGGGCAACGGGCCCGUGAAGCUCGUCUACAAGGAGCAUCAGGACAAGGUCGCACUGCAGAGCCGCGCGUAUUCCGCGACUGCCAACGUCGACGUGACAAUGCAUCCCAACUUUGAGGGCGCGUGGCAGCUCGACGGUGUCAAGACGAGCUCCGUCACGCCUCCGAAUGAUCCUGCGCGGGAGUUCAAACGCGAGAGUGGGAAGCGACGCGCGCUCGUCAAGGUUCACGAGAAGGGCACCCUCUAUCGCCGCGAGGGCUCAAAGGUGGACAGGAAGCUCGAGCCACUGACGCACGUCGAUGCGAAUAUCAAUCAAGGCGUACUCAAAUUCCUGUAGCAGUAGUAGUAUACAUUCACUACGGCCACCCCUCACUCAUAGCUUGCUCAUCUUGGACACUUCCUUCUGCAACGUUGAUUGUCUUUUUAAUAAUCAUUCUCUU